AACAUUAAUUGUCAUUGAAUGUACUAUUUUAUUCCAUUUUAAAUCUUUCUUUGAUGUGUCUUUCUUUAAUGUUAACUUUUCUUGCAUCUGUCUUUGUGUUUUGAAGGAGACUGUUUUGCAUCUUUUUGAGACACUGAACUCUCCAACACAGAGGAAGAAAUAAAAAAUGUCUUUGUCUUCUGUCUCUUUAAAUCGUCUCUCUUGCACUGUGUUUACCUUUGCAUAAACCACAAGUUACAGUAGGCCUUCUUCUUCACUUGAAGUUCAAUCUACUGGAUUCUGCAUGUAAAUGAUGUAAAGAGGAAGGAAGUUGGAUGUAUUUUUAACAGCUUGAAUUCUGUCCUUUGCUUCCAGUUUCUUUCUGUAUUGCAGGUUGAAGUGUUUGUGAUGUGACUGAUUUACUUCUUAUCUGCAGAUUUGUUUCACUGUGUUUGAAGUCACACAGAGAUGAGAGGAGCAGCUCAGAGCUUAACCGCAGCAGCGAGUGGAUUUGUCGUCGUCGUCCUUCUCGCUGUGCCAGUGGUACAGGGUCAGGAUGACUGGGGAGUGACUUACUUUUCUACUCAGAUCUGCGCCCUUGAAGGAUCAACGGUGGAAAUAAACAGUUUCUUCAGCUACCCAUCCACAAUCAAAGAGGUUUCUACUACAGUUCAGGACACAUUCUGGUUUAGGAAAGAGAUAGAUGGGGUUUAUUCAGAUCUGAGAAGAGUCCCAGAGUAUUCACAUCGUGCGACGUAUCACUGUAACAACAGGAAGUGCACUCUGACAAUAGAAAACCUGAUGAAGAGCGACUCAGGUGUGUACAAGUUCAGGUUCAUAACAAACCAACAAGGUGGGAAAUAUACUGGUGAACCUGGAGUCACUUUGUCUGUCACAGACCUUCAGAUCCAGGUGAAUGUCAUUCAGGAUUCUACCAGCACAGGGUUGAAUUGUCACAGCAGUUGUCAUCUACCUGGUGAUUCUUCCUACAUCUGGUACAAGAAUGAACGAGAAGUUCACAAUGAACAAGGAAAAUAUUUUGAUCCAAACACAUUUGGUCCUGAAGACAACUAUCGCUGUGCUGUAAAAGGACGUGGGGAUUUCCGUUCUCCUCCAGUGUAUCCUCCAAAGUUUCUCUCUGUGUCAGUGAGUCCCUCUGGUGAGAUAGUGGAGGGCAGUUCAGUGACUCUGACCUGUAGCAGUGAUGCUAACCCAGAAGCUAAAUACACCUGGUACAAGGAGAACCAAACACUGUUUCAAGGACCAGAAGGAGUUUAUCAUUUCACUUCCAUCAACUCUGAGGACAGCGGGACCUACUACUGCAAAUGUGAGAAUCACUAUGGACAGAUCAACUCUUCAGCUUUACAUGUAGAUGUCCAGUAUGCUCCAAAGCUUCUCCCUGUGUCAGUGAGUCCCUCUGGUGAGAUAGUGGAGGGCAGUUCAGUGAAUCUGACCUGUAGCUGUGAUGCUAACCCAGCAGCUAAUUACACCUGGUACAAGGAGAACCAAACACUGUUUCAAGGACCAGAAGGAGUUUAUCAUUUCACUUCCAUCAACUCUGAGGACAGCGGGACCUACUACUGCAAAUGUGAGAAUCACUAUGGACAGAUCAACUCUUCAGCUUUACAUGUAGAUGUCCAGUAUGCUCCAAAGCUUCUCUCUGUGUCAGUGAGUCCCUCUGGUGAGAUAGUGGAGGGCAGUUCAGUGAAUCUGACCUGUAGCAGUGAUGCUAACCCAGCAGCUAAUUACACCUGGUACAAGGAGAACCAAAAACUGUUUCAAGGACCAGAAGGAGUUUAUCAUUUCACUUCCAUCAACUCUGAGGACAGAGGGACCUACUACUGCAAGUCUGAGAAUCACUAUGGACAGAUCAACUCUUCAGCUUUACAUGUAGAUGUCCAGUAUGCUCCAAAGCUUCUCCCUGUGUCAGUGAGUCCCUCUGGUGAGAUAGUGGAGGGCAGUUCAGUGAAUCUGACCUGUAGCUGUGAUGCUAACCCAGCAGCUAAUUACACCUGGUACAAGGAGAAUGAAGACUCACCAAAAGCUUCAGGACAGAUCUUCACCAUCACUGACCUCAGACCUGAACACAGUGGGAAUUAUUACUGUGAAGCCCAGAACACAAGAGGACGUCGUAACUCCACCUUAACUCUGACUGUUGUGGAGGAUCCUCCAAAGUUUCUCUCUGUGUCAGUGAGUCCCUCUGGUGAGAUAGUGGAGGGCAGUUCAGUGACUCUGACCUGUAGCAGUGAUGCUAACCCAGCAGCUAAUUACACCUGGUACAAGGAGAACCAAAAACUGUUUCAAGGACCAGAAGGAGUUUAUCAUUUCACUUCCAUCAACUCUGAGGACAGAGGGACCUACUACUGCAAGUCUGAGAAUCACUAUGGACAGAUCAACUCUUCAGCUCUACAUGUAGAUGUCCAGUAUGCUCCAAAGCUUCUCUCUGUGUCAGUGAGUCCCUCUGGUGAGAUAGUGGAGGGCAGUUCAGUGAAUCUGACCUGUAGCAGUGAUGCUAACCCAGCAGCUAAUUACACCUGGUACAAGGAGAAUGAAGACUCACCAAAAGCUUCAGGACAGAUCUUCACCAUCACUGACCUCAGACCUGAACACAGUGGGAAUUAUUACUGUGAAGCCCAGAACACAAGAGGACGUCGUAACUCCACCUUAACUCUGACUGUUGUGGAGGUUUUCCCUAAAGCUUUGAAAUCAGCAGUCAUUGGGACAACUUCUGCUGUUUUCCUCGCUGUCAUUCUCCUCUCUGCCUUCCUACUGAUAAGAGCAAAGAGAACGUCCAAGCAAUCGUCUGAGCCUGGAGAGAGACCUGACUACAGUGACCAGUAUCACUCCAAUCAGUCGGAGGAACAGGUAGAACUUCACUACGCCAGUGUCCGCUUCUUGAAGAACCAGACAGAUCCUGUCUACUCCAACAUCAAUCCAGCUGGACCCCGCAGACACGAGGAGACGGAGGACGAGGACGAGGACGAGGAUGGUGUUCAUUACGCUGUUGUCAAAUUUAACAGUUCUGCCCUGAGAACCAUAAGUCAGGAAACUGAGGAAGAUCCAGCUGCACUGUACAGUACAGUCAACAAAACCGUCUGACUCUUAGAGCAAUGUCUGCCAGUCCAUCAGUCGUUCCACCACUGUUGGACUGAAAUAUCUCCACAACCACUGGAUGGAUUGUCAUAACACUUUGUACAGCCAGUCACAGUCUCCAGAGGAUAAAACCUUCUGACUUC